AUGCAACUCAUCUAUUCUCUCCUGUACCAUCGCUCACGUGACGCGUGGAACCACACGCGCCUACACCAACUUGCCACGUGGCCCGUUGCUGUCUUUGGGUCAGUGUUGUUGGGCGUGUAUGUGAGGCGCGUGGAGACCAAAGUUGACCUUGUUACUGGGCGCGUGAGGGAGGAGGGUAGAAAGGUGGAGCCCAGGAUGAUUCUCGGUCCCCAAGGCUCUCAAUCGAUGAGAGUACGGGCACCUGAUUUUCUAGUGUAUGGUGUCUGGGGUAUGCACGAGCUGUACACUAUCAUGGGCAUCUUUCUUGGCAUUGCGGUGCUGCCACGGCUCUCUGAGAUGCCUUUUACCUAUUUCUUUGCCCCAACCUCGCUCUAA